AUGACGAACGAUGACACUUAUAAGAAUCAUUUAAAUAUGGUCAAUCAACAAAUUCAAAGCAUCACCAGGAAAUUAAGAGUGACUUCAGGAGAGUUCUGGUUCUUAGGGUCAUUUCUCAUCAAUUUUAUAGUAGGGAAAACCAUCCAUUUAACAUCAACUGAUGAGGAAGUAUACAACUAUUAUAAUGAUAAGAAUAAUAUUUUCAAUCAGUUAUUUGUUAAAAAGGGUUGGUUUUGGACUACUAUACUCUUGGUAGCAUUUUAUGGAAUCUUGUUAUCCAAGAAUCAUCCUAAAAUCCAAAACAAAUUCCAAUUCAUUCAAAAAUCUGUGUUGAAGUAUAUCAUUGCUACUGGAUGGUGGAUUCUUUUCACUCAAUGGUGUUUUGGUUUACCUAUUAUGGAUAAGAUCUUCAUAUAUACUGGAGGUAAAUGUACAAAUAUUCAUCCAUCAAAGGUCAAACCUCAUUUAGUGUCAUUAUUAUCCAAAUCAGUUACUGAUGAAUUGCAAGACAUUUACGAAUCUAAGAUCAUCUCAUCAAGUGUAUGUAGAAGUUUAAGGGGUCAUUGGGUUGGAGGCCAUGAUCCUUCAGGACAUGUGUUUUUACUUAUUCACUCGUCAGUUUACUUAUUUUUUGAAAUAAGUCAAUUUUGGCCCGGGUGGUCAGUUUUGAUAUCUGACAUUAAAAAGUUAUCUCACGAUAUUAAAUUUGGUAGAUUCACCCUCCAUCACUACAUAUUGAAAAACCCCAGUAUAUUGGUCAUUUGGUUAAUAGGACUUUGGUGGUUCAUGUUAUUGAUGACCAAUAUCUAUUUCCAUUCGAUUUUAGAGAAACUCGUCGGACUUUUAUUCGGAUAUGCCAUUUUAGGAUUAUACUUAGUUCCUAGAUUUUGA